AUGGCCCUUUUAAGCCUGUUGGUAUCACCGGUGACCGUCGCCAUCGCCCUACCACUAUGGUUUAUCUUCUAUUAUGCGGUACCAUACUUCACAACAUACCGAGAACUUUCUCAUGUCCCAGGACCACUUAUAGCCAAGUUCAGCAAUGUUUGGGUUGGCCUAAGUGCACGUCGGGGACGGAAGUUUGCCGCCGUGGACGCGGCCCAUCGCAAGUAUGGGAAGGUCGUCCGCAUAGGAUUCAAUCAUGUAUCCAUUGCAGAUGAGCGGGGGUUGAAUAUUGUGUAUGGUCACGGAAAUGGAUUUCUCAAGGAUCAUUACUAUGAAGCAUUUAUAGCCAAGACACCAGGGAUGUUCAAUGUCCGCGAUCGUGCAGAGCAUACGCGCAAGCGCAAGAUCAUAUCACAUGCCUUUUCUCCAAGAUCAGUCGCUGAAUUUGAGCCCCAUAUGGCGGCUAAUCUUCAACGAUGGGUGAAACAAUUGGACCACAUUGCUGCCUCUCCGUCGUCCAUUACACCCAACGACGGAUUUUCCCGCUAUAAUGCAAUGCCUUGGUUUAGCUAUCUCGCAUUCGAUAUUAUCGGUGAUUUAGCAUUCGGGUUACCCUUCGGAAUGGUUGAUAAAGGCAAAGACGAGACUGAGUCUCAGCUGGUGGUCGGAGGACCUGUUUCGUAUACCCCGGCAGUGGAAGUACUCAAUCGGCGAGGAGAAAUAUCCUCGACUCUAGGCCUUCUGCCCGCUUUACGGCCAAUUGCACGAUAUUUGCCUGACCCUUUCUUCAGAAAGGGCAUUGCGGCAGUCGAGAACCUAACCGGCAUCGCGGUCGCAGCGGUCGCGUCGCGGCUAGAUGCGGCGGAAAAGGGCAUCGUUGACAACCGCAACGAUAUUCUCUCGCGCUUGCUACAAGCGAAGGAUGCUCACGGUCAACCAAUGGGGCGGGCAGAGCUUACAGCAGAAGCACUUACACAACUGAUCGCCGGCUCCGACACAAUAUCUAACACGGCCUGCGCCGUUUUCUAUUGGAUUCUUCAUGGAGAGAGACAGGCACCAAAUUCUAUUGUCCCAAGACUACAACAAGAGCUGGAUGGGGCAAUUGAUUCUCACACGGAGAUCGCCAACUAUUCGAAAGUCAGAGAGUUGCCGUUCCUGCGUCGCUGCAUUGAUGAGGGCAUGCGACUGCAUUCCACUUCUGCGAUUGGUUUGCCACGAAUUGUCGCCGCCCCUGGACCCGGUGUCGAUUUUGAUAGGUUUCAUUUCCCUCCUGGAACUGUACUGUCGGUUCCGUCGUAUACCAUUCACCAUAUGGCGGAGAUCUGGGGAGAGGACGUGGAAGAGUUCAAGCCAGAUCGCUGGCUGAAACUGACCCCACGACAGAAGCUUUGCUUUAAUCCAUUUUCAUACGGUCCGCGAGCCUGCGUUGGCCAAAAUGUCGCCAUCAUGGAGUUGCAGCUAAUUAUUGGAACCUUGUUUCAUCGCUAUGAGUUUGCGUUAUAUCAGUCCGUGCUGGAAUCACACGAAGGAUUUUCGAAGAAGCCAAAAGAUUGUUAUGCAGGCAUCAAGCUGAGAAGCCGGAGCUAA